UAUUGGCGCAAUAACAUAACAGGGCCAAAAUUCAAAUGACCCGCUCUCACUCCUCCGCAAAAUUAUCGUCCCAUUUCUCCCUCUCAAAACCAACGUCCAAAAACUUGAGUACGACUACUGAGUACUGGCAAGCACUUUCUAGUCUAAUCCACAAUAUUUUCUUCACCAACGGUGAUGGCGAUUACUUCAACUUCUUCACCCCAACCUGAUCGAUCUGUAUCUGUUAAAAAGAACAAAAUUAAGAGUCCCAAUUCAAAAGUGGACUAUGAAAAUAAAUCCCACAAGAAACUGUCUAAAAAGGACCUCUCCUCGCCGGCGAAGCGCAACAAUAACCCUGGAAUUCGUUUGAUUCACGGCCGGAUUUAUGAUUCGCAUAAUGGCAAGACUUGUCAUCAGUGCCGGCAGAAGACCAGGGACUUUGCAGCUGAAUGCAAGAAUAUGCAAAAAGACAAGCUAUGUCCCAUUAAAUUUUGUCACAAAUGCCUACUGAACAGGUAUGGUGAAAAGGCAGAGGAGGUUGGAGUUUUGCAGGACUGGAGUUGUCCAAAGUGCAGAGGAAUUUGCAACUGCAGCCAGUGCAUGAAGAAACGAGGUCACCUCCCUACUGGUAUACUUGUACGUGCAGCCAAGCAAAAUGGGUUUUCAUCUGUUUCAGCAAUGCUGCAGGUAAAGGGGCCUAUGACUUGUUAUGAGGAGAAGUCUGUGAAAGGUAUUGAUGCCUUGCCAAGAAAGAGAGCUGCACCAAAUAAAAUGGAAGUGAUGACCUCUUCACCUAGAAAGCAGGGCAAGGAAAAUGCUUUUGAUGGAAAGAUCAAUUCUAACUCAUGUGCUUCACCUUUGGCCUCAAACCAGGUUGAGAAAAAGUCUAAGAAGGUCAAGGUGGAACCUUCCAAUGAGAUGAACAAUGGUAGUGCCCGUGGUCACGUAGAGGCUAAUGAUUUGGCAACAAAGCCAAUGAAGUUCCAGGGAAAGCGAGAAGAAAAAUAUGGCCUUGAUGAUGGUUCUUUACAAAAAGAAGCUAGUUGCAUGGGUGGUGAGAAAAAGCCGAAGAAAAUGGCAGUAGAGGGUUCAAAUGGCAAGCAGGACGGAAACAUUCUCAAAGAUGGUACAAUUAAGGAGCCUAUUAAUCCUGAGGAAAAGAAGCUGAAAAAGUUAAAACAGGACAAGCUUAAGGAAAUGCAUAAUGGCAACAAGAAUGAUAAUGCUUUUGUGAGGAGGACUAGUCCUAGAAGGCAUCAAAUAUCAAAUGGAACUUCUAAAAAAGUUGCCAAAUCUAAGAAUGAUAGUGAUCCACCGGAAAUGAUGCAAUGCGAUGCCAAAGUUUCUGUGCAAGGUUUUGCAGAGUCCACCAAUAAGAAAGAGAGGAAAGAGGAAGAUGUUAUUGGUAGUGAAGUUUUAGCAUCUGAUGAUAGGAAAAACAACAAUCAUCAUGGAACCCAUGCUGGAACAGUUUUAGAGACUUUGCACAUUGACACAAAAGAUCAAAGGUUUCAAAACAGUGAUAUGGAAUCUGGCAUUGUAUUGCCCCAUGGAACUGAACUGACAAGUGUACAUGACAUUCAAAUACCACCAGAAGAUGUUGGCAAAGCCUUGCAAUUCUUAGAGUUUUGUGCUGUUUUUGGAAAAGUUCUUGGAGUGAAGAAAGAGCAGCCAGAAUGUGUGCUCAGAGAUUUGAUAUACGGGAGAAGUAGUCGUCGAGGAAAGUAUUCCGUGACAGUUCAGUUUCUUAUCAAGCUCCUAUCUGUAAUUCGAAAGGACAGGGGACAAACAUGUUUACCACUAAGCCCAACGUAUGGGCAAAAUUCAUGGAUCAAUGCACUAACAGAGUGCAUUUCUGAGUCUGGAAGCAUAUCAAAAUCACUGGACCUGAACGGGCUAGAUAAAGGGGCCAAUGGAUAUGAGAAUUUAAACUCUUCGAAAAAGCUUAUUAUCUUAAAUCUUUUAUGUGACGAAGUUCUUGGAACUCUAAAGAUACGGAAUUGGAUGGAGAAUCAGGUAUCAAAAGCUGCUGAAAUAGCUAAGGAAGAUAAAGAAAGAGUUCUUGCUGCAAAGGAUAAGGAGAAGCGUUUGAAACAGAAAAUACAAGAUGAGAUUGCCAAAGCAAUAAUCGAAAAGAAUGGUGAUUUUCUUUCAGUUUCAGAGCAUGAUGCUGUCAUUUCUAAAAUUAAACGUGAAGCAGCACGAGCUCAUAGCGAGCUGCUGGAGUCAAUUGGAUUGCAAUCAAAAAAUAAUCAAUCAUCUGAUGCUGUUAGGACAGAGCCUGUCUAUUUGGGAACUAAUGGUCAUGCAUAUUGGAGAUUAAAAUGCCUGUCCAAUAAAUCUGACGUACUCCUUCAAGAUGUAGGAACUGGGGAUACUUCUGCAUCAGAUGAGAAAUGGUUUGGUUUUGAAGAGGAACAAAAAGAAGUACUUGAGAGGCGUAUAAAUAGUUUGAGAGGAAAACGGCUAAGGGCUAAGAGGGUUCCAUUGCAACAGCAAUCCCAAAGUAACGGAAACUUUCCGUAGGCAAUAGCAUGGCACUUUGUUGGUUCAGAGAGCCAGGUGUACAUUAGAUGGAUGCAAUUUAUGGUCAAUUACUUCUUCUUGAUGCUUCAAACCUGGCUGGGUGGAUUUUCCCUACUUUUGGCAGUUUGUGAAGAUGUUCAUGUACUUGUACCUUGGCAUAUUCAUGUCGUACUAAUGUGUAACUCGACUGAUAUUUUGCAUAUUUUAGCAAUUCUGAGACUACCUUCCUCUGAAGGUAUCUCGUAUUGUCUCGGGCGAAGUUUGUAUUGCAAGCUGAAUUGGGAGCUGCAUGCUAAUAUUGAAAUCUUUUGUUUUACAUUAAGUCAAAUGCUAUGAAACUCAGUUUGGAGAAAAUAUUUAUAUUCUUGAAAUUGGA